GUCCGUGCAGCAUGGCGGCGGCGGGGGCUGAGCAGACACAGCCAGAGCCGGCCGCCGGCGCCGCGCCCGAGGAGUCGUCGGACAGCGAGCCGGAGCAGGAGCCCGGCUCCCUGCAGAAGCUCAUCCGCAAAGUCUCGACGUCCGGGCAGAUCCGCCAGAAGACUGUCAUAAAAGAGGGGAUGCUAAUGAAACAGACCAGCUCCUUCCAGCGCUGGAAGAGACGAUACUUUAAGCUGCGAGGACGAACGCUCUACUAUGCAAAAACUGCUAAGUCCAUUAUUUUUGAUGAGGUGGAUCUGACAGAUGCCAGUGUGGCAGAAUCCAGCACAAAGAAUGUCAACAACAGCUUCACGAUUAUCACUCCAUGUCGGAAGCUCAUCCUUUGUGCUGAUAACAGAAAAGAGAUGGAAGACUGGAUUGCAGCACUGAAGACUGUCCAAAACCGUGAACAUUUUGAGUCUACCCAGUACAGCAUGGACCAUUUCUCAGGGAUGCAUAACUGGUACGCCUGCUCCCAUGCCCGGCCAACGUACUGCAACGUGUGUCGGGAGGCCUUGUCCGGGGUCACGUCACAUGGGCUGUCCUGUGAAGUGUGCAAGUUUAAAGCCCACAAGCGCUGUGCUGUGCGGGCAACCAACAAUUGCAAGUGGACAACUCUGGCCUCUAUCGGGAAGGAUAUAAUUGAGGAUGAAGAUGGGAUCUCAAUGCCACAUCAGUGGCUGGAAGGAAACCUGCCCGUGAGUGCCAAAUGCACCGUGUGUGAUAAAACCUGUGGCAGUGUCCUGCGUUUGCAAGACUGGCGCUGCCUGUGGUGCAAAGCCAUGGUACACACAGCAUGUAAAGACUUGUUGCCAAACAAGUGCCCUCUUGGGCUCUGCAAAGUGUCUGUCAUUCCUCCUACUGCUCUUAACAGCAUUGAUUCAGAUGGUUUCUGGAAAGCCACUUGUCCCCCUUCUUGCACAAGCCCUUUAUUGGUCUUUGUCAACUCAAAAAGUGGAGACAACCAAGGUGUAAAAUUUCUACGAAGAUUCAAACAACUGCUGAAUCCAGCCCAGGUCUUUGACCUCAUGAAUGGAGGCCCUCAUCUUGGUUUACGCUUAUUCCAGAAAUUUGACACUUUCCGGAUUCUAGUUUGCGGUGGGGACGGAAGUGUUGGCUGGGUUCUCUCUGAAAUUGAUAGCCUCAACCUUCACAAGCAGUGCCAGCUGGGAGUGCUGCCCUUGGGAACAGGGAAUGACCUUGCCCGUGUUUUAGGCUGGGGUUCUGCUUGUGAUGAUGAUACCCAGCUCCCACAGAUCCUGGAGAAGCUGGAGAGGGCCAGUACCAAAAUGCUGGACAGGUGGAGCAUCAUGGUGUAUGAAACCAAACUCCCUCGCCAGGCCUCCACUUCCACAGUCACUGAAGAUUGCACUGAGAAUUCAGAGGUGCAGAAGAUUCUCUGCUAUGAAGAUUCUGUGGCUGCUCAUUUGUCCAAAAUUUUGACUUCUGACCAACAUUCAGUGGUGAUCUCCUCAGCCAAAGUGCUUUGUGAGACAGUGAAGGAUUUUGUGGCUCGAGUAGGAAAAGCCUAUGAGAAGGCAACAGAAAGCUCGGAGGAGUCAGAGGUCAUGGCCAGGAAGUGCUCUGUGCUGAAGGAGAAGCUGGACUCAUUGCUGAAGACACUGAAUGAUGAAUCUCAAGCGUCUUCCUCUCUGCCCAACCCUCCUCCCACCAUUGCAGAGGAGACUGAGGAUGGGGAUGGGUCGGGCAGUGCUGGUGACUCUUCAAGUGAGCUCUCGGUGGGCUCGGCCUGCACUGCGCGGCCCCAGAUAUUCCGUCCCCGAGAGCAGCUCAUGCUGAGAGCCAACAGCUUGAAAAAAGCCAUUCGCCAGAUAAUAGAGCAUGCAGAGAAAGCUGUAGAUGAGCAGAACGCCCAGACCCAGGAGCAAGAGGGCUUCCUCCUUAGUCUCUCAGCCUCUGAGGAAGGCAAGGAACUGAGGAAUGAGGAUAAAAUUUCCAUGCAGUCAUCACACAGCAGCAGCUAUGGAGUGUCCAAGGGGAGGAGCCAGAGGAAAGCCUCCAAGUCUCCUUGUGAAAGACUAAUAAACAAAGGAAGUUUGUCACUGGGCAGCUCUGCAUCUCUUCCUCCCCAGACAGGAAGCCGGGACAACUUGCCAAUGCUGAACACAAAAAUCCUCUACCCAAAUAUCCGUGCUGGCAUGUCAGGUUCUUUGCCUGGGAGUUCUGUCAUCAGCCGAUUGUUGAUCCAUGCUGAUCCCUUUAACUCUGAGCCUGAAAAUCUUGAAUGUUACACUGAGAAGUGUGUCAUGAAUAAUUACUUUGGAAUUGGACUGGAUGCAAAGAUUUCUUUGGACUUCAACAACAAACGUGAUGAGCACCCAGAGAAAUGCAGAAGUCGUACUAAGAACAUGAUGUGGUAUGGAGUAUUGGGGACCAAGGAGCUGCUGCACAGAACAUAUAAAAACCUGGAGCAGAAGGUCUUGCUGGAGUGCGAUGGGAGGCCAAUUCCUCUGCCCAGUCUCCAGGGCAUUGCUGUACUCAACAUUCCCAGCUAUGCAGGAGGCACCAACUUCUGGGGGGGAACCAAGGAGGAUGAUACAUUUACAGCCCCUUCCUUCGAUGACAAGAUUUUGGAGGUGGUAGCCGUGUUUGGUAGCAUGCAGAUGGCAGUGUCACGUGUGAUAAACCUACAGCAUCACCGGAUUGCACAGUGCCGGACAGUAAAGAUAGCAAUCCUUGGAGAAGAGGGAGUUCCUGUGCAAGUGGAUGGAGAAGCCUGGAUCCAGCCUCCAGGUUACAUUUGGAUUGUUCAUAAGAAUAGGGCACAGACCCUCACUCGAGACAGGGCGUUUGAGAGCACCCUGAAGUCUUGGGAGGACAAACAGAAGUGUGAGUUGUCACGACCCUCCUCUUUCUCCCUGCAACCAGAGAUCAUGUCUGAAGAAGAGUCCACCCAGAUCAUCCAGUUUGGUCAAGCUGCAGGUGCUCUGAUCCACAGCAUUCGGGAAAUAGCUCAGUCCUAUCAGGACAUGGAACAGGAGCUUGCCCAUGCUGUCAAUGCCAGCUCCAAGUCUAUGGACAAAGUCUACGCUAAAUCCAAGUCUACAGAGGGUCUGAACUGCAGCCUUGUUGUAGAGAUGGUGAAUAAUGUCAAAGCCCUGCACAAUGAGACAGAGCUGCUGCUGGCAGGCAAGAUGGCACUGCAAUUAGAUCCUCCACAGAAGGAGCAGCUCCAGGCAGCCCUGGCAGACAUGGACCUCCAGCUGAGGAAACUGGCAGACAUCCCUUGGCUGUGGCAACUUAUGGAGCCCUGUGAUGAAGAGAACCAGAUGCUGGAUUAUUCUAAACGCAGCCGCAGUGGCAAAUUCCGCCUGGUGACCAAGUUUAAAAAGGAGAAGAACAACAAAAAUAAGGAAACUCACAGUAGCAUGGGAUUGCCGGUUCACCUCUGGGGAACGGAGGAGGUUGCGGCGUGGCUUGAGCACCUCAGUCUUUGUGAGUAUAAGGAUAUCUUCAUCCGCCAUGACGUCCGGGGCUCUGAGCUCCUGCACCUUGAACGGAGGGACCUCAAGGACCUGGGUGUGACCAAAGUGGGUCACAUGAAGAGGAUACUGCACGGGAUCAAGGAGCUGAGCCGGAGUACUCCUGCCAGCGAGGCUUAGCCUCUGUUUUCACAGCCUGUGUCUACCAUUCUCCCUAACUGCACAGCAGUCACCUCACAAAGCAGAUGUGCUCACAACUGUCUCUGCUGAACAGCCAAAUUUUAGCUGUUCAGAGCUCAUAUCAACCAAGCAUGGUGCUACUUUUUUCCUGUGGGGUAUGGCUGCAUCCUUUGGAGAAGGCACUUCCUCUGCGGUUGGCAGAGCCUCCUGGAGAGAGCUCACUC